UUCCUUCUCUCUCCUUUUUGUUCUCACAAACUGUCCUAGAUAUAAUUACGCCAAAGUUCAAUGUGCAAGGGCAAUAGAGGAGUGGGGACAUUGUGGAACUCUCCAGAAGGGGUAUUACAGCAGAUUAUAACUACUGAGAACAAGUGAAGCCACUCACCUGAGAAGGCAACAACACUAAAUCCCCACUGCUUGCCAUGCAAAUAGGGUGACAACAAAGUGCCAACCAAAGAGAACACACUUAAGACCAAGAUGACCACCAAGAAGGCAGAUUUCCAGCGGAGGAUUGUCUCCAAGGAUGGACACAACCAAGUGCGCAUUGACAAUGUGGAGGGCAUGGUGAAGCUCUACCUCCACGACAUCUGGACCACGGUUGUGGACAUGAAGUGGCGCUACAAGCUCACCCUGUUCUCCUCCACCUUCGUCACGACCUGGUUCCUCUUCGGCGUCAUCUUCUACUUCAUCGGCAUGGGCAACGGUGACUACGAGGGUGAGCUGCUGUCCAACCACACGCCGUGCAUCAUGAAUGUCGAGACCCUAACCGGCGCCUUCCUCUUUUCCCUGGAGUCGCAGACCACUAUUGGCUACGGCUUCCGCUACAUUACCGACGAGUGUCCGCUGGCCAUCUUCGUCCUGGUGUUCCAGCUGGUCACCACGGGCCUGGCUGAGAUCUUUGUGACCGGGGCCUUCCUGGCCAAGCUGGCACGACCCAAGAAGCGGGCCGAGACCAUCAAGUUCAGCCAGUCGGCGGUGAUCUGCCGGCACGAUGGCAAGCUAUGUCUGAUGGUGCGCGUGGCCAACAUGAGGAAAAGCCUGCUGAUCCAGUGCCAGCUGAUCGGCAAGCUGCUUUCGCCCAAUGUAACAGAGGAGGGCGAGAAGACUCUGAUCCACCAGACAGCUGUGGACUUCUACAUGGACUCAUGCGGGGAGUGCCCAUUCCUAAUCCUGCCCCUCACAUUCUACCACGUGCUGGAUGAGAGCAGCCCGCUGGCAGGGCUGACCGCCGAGAGGUUGCGGACGCGCGACUUUGAACUGCUGGUCACCCUCAACGCUACCAUGGAAUCCACGGCAGCCACUUGUCAGAGCCGCACAUCGUACGUUCCCCAGGAGAUCCUGUGGGGCUACGAGUUCAAGCCAGUGCUCUUCAGCACCCCCAGUGGCCGGUACGUGGCCGACUUUAACUUCUUUGACAAGGUGCAGUUAAGCAGCGACCCGACACUCUUCAGCAACAACACAGAGAAGCUGAAACUGGAGGAGGUGCACAAGAAGGAAUAAGGGAGGACGUUCAAACAUGUUAGACAUACUGGUAAUAAACAUGAUCCACUUUAAUGGUUGUUUUACCAUGUUACUUAGAAACAAUUUGGAAAUACACCCAGCUAGCACAUUUGGUUCCUUGGAAGUUGUGGGAAUGUAUGUUUUUGGUUUCACAUUGGUUGUGGGAACGAAGCCAUAAGUUUCCAUAAGUUGAAAAUGUAGCCUGUUCUGGGAACAUUUAUUUGAAGGUUGCAGGGAGGUUCUGAGAAAGAUUUUCUGGGAGGUUUUAUUAAAACUGAAAUUAUAGUUUAUUUUGAGGUUUUUGAAUAACUUCCUUAAAACUUUCACUGAAUGUUUCAAUAAGACAUUUAAUAACACUGCUAGCUUAUUUUGGGAUAAUGUUUUUGAACUCCAAGCAUUUCCUUAGGCAUUAGUCAUGUAAACACAUUUAUAUUUUAUUGUGACACGGAAUCAGUGGGAUUUGAACCUAUGAUCUUCUGUUCUCUAUCCAUGGAAUUAGUCCACUGUGCCAUCAGGAUGGAGCUAGCAUGCCAUGUUUUUUACGCAUUAAAAACUGUUAAUUUUAGUAUGCUCAUACAGACCCCAUUUCAAAGGAAACUAGAACUUAUUAAGAUCAGGUGUGGCCAAUUAGUGGGCCCGGCCAAUACAC